CAAAUUCCGAUCAAAGAUGGUCGUUCUCUUUCUGUGCGUGUAUUGAACUCCCAGAAGAGCAUUCAUUAUAUACACAUAUAUAUAUAUAUAUAUUUAUUGGGUCGAACAUCAUUCUUCAGUCACUAGCGAGAAUCGUGUGCGUUACUUUUGAUCUUUAAGCCUCGACGACCACUUCAUCCAUCCAUCUUGGGAAUUCCGUUUCCUUUCUGGGUCAUGUGAAGAUUUGUUUUUUCUGAAUUGCUUAUGCACCGAGAUGAUUAGCAGCUAGUUGAUAUGAAGAAAUGCCCAUCGACUGCAUUUUACUCGAAUUGUUGACUCUGAGUGAUGCAUCGAGUGUAGAAGAAGGGAGUAUCACCGACUUACCCAAUUUCCCUUCGAAAUGUCUGCAUCUCCAGUCAGCUUCCUUUUUGGAUUUCUCUUUAUCUCCAUCAUUCUAUGGCUGUUUUUCAUGUUUGCUUCCCAGUUAUUAGCUUGGAUCCUAAGCCGGAUCUUGGGAGCUUCCGUUCAAUUCCGGGUUGGUGGAUGGAAAUGUUUAAGGGAUGUAUCUGUGAAGUUCAAAAAGGGUGCUGUUGAAUCUGUAUCUGUUGGUGAAAUUAAACUCAGCUUUAGGCAAUCACUGGUCAAACUUGACCCCAAACUACAAGUGUUGAUAAGUGAUUUGGAGGUAGUUAUGAGAUCUUCAACUAAAAGCUCUCUGAAAACCAGAUCUCGAAGAUCCCGUUCUUCAGGUUCAGGCAGAGGAAAGUGGAUGGUUGUGGUUAAUGUGGCAAGGUUUUUGUCCUUUUCUGUAACAGAAUUGUUGGUGAAGACCUCCAAAGCUACUGUAGAAGUCAAAGAACUAGGGAUUAACAUAUCCAAAGAUGAUGUCUCCCAGCAAGAUUUGUCAGUUAAAUUAUUUAUUCUGCCAAUCAUUAUUCACUUGGGUGAUCAACGUGUUAGUAUUGACCAAUCCUCCAGCUUUAAAUAUGAAGGAUACAUGUCCACCAGUCAGGCAUCAGUCGUCCCAACUGGGAAGACCUUGUCUCCUUUCUUCUGUGAAGAAUUUUCAUUGUCAUGUGACUUUGGUCAUAAUAGGGAAUCUGGAAUUGUAAUUAGGAACAUGGACAUAACAAGUGGGGAAGUUGUGUUAAACUUAAAUGAGGAACUCUUUUCUAAAAAGAAGAGUUCAUUGGAUCCCUUUCCUAAUGAUACUGAAGUUCUCGAUUCCAAUUCAAAUUCUAGCAAUACAAAAAGCCUGGGUUCACCAAUAAUGAAGUAUACUUCUUUGAUUCCCGAGAAGCUCUCCUUCAGUAUGCCCAACUUGGCUGUAAAGUGCAUAAUUAGGGGAUGCGAUCUUGCUCUUGAAAAUAAUAUAAUGGGUAUUCAAGUGAGGAGCACCAAAUCGAAGUCUGUUGAAGAUGGGGGUGAGAACACACGCCUUGAUAUUCAUAUGGAUUUUAGUGAGAUUCAUAUUAUCAGAGAAGAUGGCAUUUCUUUUCUGGAGAUUUUGAAGCUUCAUGUUUUCUGUUUGGCUUACAUUCCUUUUGAGCCUGGUUUGCCUAUCAGAUCAGAAGUUGAUGUUACGCUUGGGGGUACUCAGUGUAACCUUAUUUUGAGCAGAGUGAAGCCAUUGAUACAUCUAAGAUCCUCAAAAAAUCAGGAAAUGGUACUUCAAGAGGGGACAUACUAUUCAAAGAGGAAGAAUUCAACUGAUCUUAAAGCAUUCAUGUGGACUUGUUAUGUCUCAGCUCCGGAGAUGACAAUUGCAUUAUAUAAUCUGAGUGGGUCACCAGUGUACCAUGGUUGCUUGCAAUCAUCCCACGUUUAUGCUAAUAAUAUAUCAAGUACAGGUGUUUCAACGCACAUGGAACUUGGUGAAUUGAAUUUACUCAUGGCUGAUGAAUAUCAAGAAAGCUUGUUUGGGGUGGAAACCAACAAAGGUUCCUUACUGCAUAUUGCAAAAAUUGGCCUGGACUUGGGCAGAAAAGAUAUGGAAUCAAUUGAGGAUGGUUCUAAAAGUAAAUUGGUUCUUUCUGUUGAUGUGACUGGUAUGGGGGUUCACUUGACCUUUAAGCGUGUUGAAUCUCUUGUUACUACGGGCUUAUCCUUGAAGUCUCUACUGAAGGGACCUGCUUCAAGUAGAAAAUCAUCUCAGAAUCCAGGAAAAUCAUUAAAACCAUCAGGGAAGAAGGGGAUUCAAUUUAUAAAAUUUAAUCUGGAAAGGUGCUCUGUCAACUAUAAUGGAAAUAUUGAACUGGAUAAUACAGUUAUUUCUGAUCCCAAACGAGUAAACUAUGGUUCUCAAGGUGGUCGAGUCAUAGUAAGUGUUUCAGCUGACGGGACACCACGUAAUGCAACCAUAAUGCCCACAGUUCUAGAUGGAUGCAAGCACUUAAAGUAUACUACGUCUCUUGACAUAUUCCAUUUCAGUUUCACUAUGAACAAGGAGAAACAGUCCAUGCAGACUGAGCUAGAAAGAGCCAAAUUUAUCUAUCAGGAAUAUUUGGAAGAUAAGAAGCCCGGUACAAAAGUACAAUUGUUUGAUAUGCAGAAUGCGAAGCUUGUACGUCGAUCUGGUGGCCUCAAAGAGGUUGCAAUUUGCUCUCUUUUCAGUGCUACAGAUAUUUCGGUCAGGUGGGAGCCUGAUAUUCAUAUAGCUCUUUUCGAACUUAUGCUGCAAAUAAAGUUACUCGUGCAUCAACAUAACGAUCGGGAAACUGAUAAAAAACUCGUGGAUAAUACCCUCAUGAGUGGUUACAAGCAGGAAGUAGGUUUGAAGGAACCUGCACAAAAUGAGAAACAACGAAAGAAAAGGGAUUCUCUCUUUGCUAUUGAUAUUGAAAUGCUGAAUAUAUCAGCCGCGGUUGGGGAUGGGGUUGAAGCCACACUUCAGGUUCAAUCAAUAUUUUCCGAGAAUGCAUCUAUAGGAGUUCUCCUUGAAGGACUCAUACUUGCUUUCAAUGAAGCAAGGGUAUUUAAGAGUAGUCGGAUGCAAAUUUCCUGCAUUCCAAAUGUUACUGGAACUUCCAAUUCAAAAUCAGAGUCCGUCACUACAAAGGACUGGGUUAUACAAGGACUAGAUGUCCAUAUUUGCAUGCCGUACAGAUUGCAGUUGCGUGCAAUUGAUGACUCCAUUGAAGAAAUGUUGAGAGCAUUGAAGCUUGUUACUGCAGCUAAAACAAAGCUCCUUUUCCCUAUUAAGAAAGAAAGUGCAAAACUUAAAAAAGCUAGUUCAACAAAAUUCGGAUCUGUUAGAUUUUGCAUCCGCAAGAUAUCUGCUGAGAUAGAGGAAGAACCAUUUCAGGGUUGGCUGGAUGAACACUAUCAUCUGAUGAAAAUUGAAGCUUGUGAAUCAGCUGUCAGAUUGAAAUUUCUGGAUGACCUUCUCUCCAGAGUUGUUGAACCUCCUGAAACCUCAGAAGUAAAUAAUCCAAUUCCUGAAGCUAAAUUUGUUUACAAGGGGGAGGAAAUUAACACUCAUGAUGUCUUAGCCCUUCAAAGAGUCCGAGAGGAUAUUUACAAGCAAUCCUUCCAGUCCUAUUACCGGGCAUGUAAAAGUCUCAUGCCAUCAGAAGGUUCCGGUGCUUAUAAGACAGGAUUUCAGUCUGGCUUUAAGCCCAGCAUUAACAGGAAUUCUCUUCUUUCCAUCUUGGCAACAGAUUUAGAUUUAACCUUGACAAAAAUUGAAGGUGGUGAUGCUGGGAUGAUAGAGGCUAUACAGAAGCUUGAUCCUGUCAGUAGAGAAUGCAACAUACCAUUUUCACGACUUUAUGGGAGUAACAUUCUUCUGCGCGUAGGCACACUUGUUGUACAGCUGAGAAAUUAUGCAAACCCUCUUUUUUCUGGAACUUCUGGGACAUGUGAAGGCCGUGUUGUGCUAGCUCAGCAGGCAACAUGCUUCCAGCCCCAAAUUCACCAGAAUGUCUUCAUUGGGAGGUGGAGAAAGGUCUUCAUGCUUCGUUCAGCCAGUGGCACCACUCCGCCCAUCAAAACAUAUUCAGAUUUGCCCUUACAUUUUCAGAAGGCAGAAUUUUCAUUUGGUGUGGGCUUUGAGCCUACUUUUGCUGAUAUCAGCUAUGCUUUUACGGUAGCACUUCGCAGAGCAAAUCUGAGCAUAAGGAAUCCGAAUGCUCCAGAUAUUCAGCCACCAAAGAAAGAAAAAAGCCUGCCUUGGUGGGAUGAUAUGAGGAGCUAUAUUCAUGGGAAUAUUAGUAUGUUUAUGUCAGAGACAAGAUGGAACAUCCUUGCUACACCUGAUCCAUAUGAAACACGUGACAAACUUGAACUUGUCGCUGACCAUAUGGAAAUCAAUCAGUCAGAUGGUCGUAUUUAUGUUUCUUCAAUGAACUUUAAGAUUUUUGGGAGUAGUUUGGAGACUUUAUUGAAGAACUCUAGCUUAAAGGUUCCAAUUGGUGAGUUUGGUCCUAUCUUGCAAGCUCCAUCCUUUACACUUGAAGUGAUAAUGGGAUGGGAGUGUGAUUCUGGAACUCCGAUGAAUCAUUAUUUGUUUGCACUACCAAGUGAAGGCAAACCUCGCGAAAAAGUUCUUGAUCCUUUUAGAUCAACAUCUCUGUCAUUGCGGUGGGAUUUCUCACUUAGACCGUCUUAUUUGAAAGCCACCUCAGUUGGUGAAGAAGUUGUUCUUGAUGCAUCUAGGUCUAGUCCUGUGUCAAAAUCUGAUAAUCUUGCACUUGAUUCACCAAUACUUUCAGUAGGUGCUCAUGAUCUAGCGUGGCUAAUAAAGUUCUGGAACAUGAAUUACCUUCCUCCUUACAAGUUGCGAACAUUUUCUCGAUGGCCUCGUUUUGGAAUUCAGAGAUUUGCCAGAUCAGGCAAUCUGUCAUUGGAUAAGGUGAUGACUCAAUUUAUGUUCCGUAUCGAUUCAACUCCGUCUUGUAUAAGACAUAUGCCCUUGGAUGAUGAAGAUCCUGCUAAGGGGCUAAAGUUUAAGAUGGCAAAACUGAAAUAUGAACUUUUCUACAGUCGAGGUAAGCAAAAGUUUACAUUUGAAUGUAAGCGUGAUCCACUUGAUCUUGUUUACCGCGGUCUUGAUCUUCAUACACCCAAGGCAUAUCUGGACAGAGAAGAUUGCAUGAGUGUUGCAAAAGUAAUUCAAAUGAGUAAGAGGAGGGCUUCAAAGUCUCCGUCAAUGGACAGAGUUGGUAGUGAUAAGCACAGCCCUGUAAAUGGUGGUACAGAGAAGCACCGUGAUGAUGGAUUUUUGUUGUCCUCGGAUUAUUUCACAAUCAGACGGCAAUCCCCCAAAGCAGACCCUGCAAGGUUACUAGCAUGGCAAGAAGCUGGCAGAAGAAAUACCGAAAUGACGUAUGUCAGAUCUGAGUUUGAAAAUGGGAGUGACAGUGAUGAACACACACAAUCUGACCCUAGUGACGAUGAUGGCUAUAAUGUAGUAAUAGCUGACAAUUGUCAGAGAAUCUUUGUUUACGGCCUGAAGCUGCUAUGGACAAUUGAGAAUAGAGAUGCUGUUUGGUCUUGGGUUGGUGGGAUAUCCAAGGCAUUUGAAGCUCCAAAGCCUUCCCCUUCUCGGCAGUAUGCGCAGAGGAAGUUACUUGAGCACAACCAUAACAGUCCUGAAAGAUCUCAAGAUGAGAGGUCAAAGUCACCUUCAAGCCACCAAGAUGCCGUUUCUCCUAUUAAAACAGAUUCAGAAAUAGUUCCAGCAAGGAAUGGAAAGACUAAUGUUCCUGAGGAAGAGGGAACUCGUCAUUUCAUGGUUAACAUUAUAGAACCCCAAUUCAACCUUCACUCAGAAGAAGCCAAUGGUAGAUUUCUGCUUGCUGCUGUCAGUGGUCGUGUCUUGGCACGUUCAUUUCAUUCUCAUGUGGGAUAUGAAUCAAAUGAACAAGCACUUGGUACUGGAAAUGUGCCAGAAAGUCAGCCUGAAAUGGCGUGGAACCGAAUGGAGUUCUCAGUUAUGUUGGAGCAUGUACAAGCUCAUGUUGCUCCAACAGAUGUUGACCCUGGGGCUGGACUACAGUGGCUCCCAAAAAUCCGCAGGAGCUCCCCCAAAGUGAAACGGACAGGUGCUUUGCUGGAAAGAGUUUUCAUGCCUUGUGAUAUGUACUUCCGUUAUACAAGACAUAAAAGGGGACCUACAGAUGUUAAGAGGAAACCGUUAAAAGAAUUGACAUUCAAUUCUCGUAAUAUUACAGCAACAAUGACGUCUCGUCAAUUUCAAGUUAUGCUAGAUGUGCUGACAAAUCUUCUCUUUGCUAGACUUCCCAAGCCACGAAAAGGUAGUUUGUCAUAUCCUGCUGAAGAUGAUGAAGAUGUAGAGGAGGAAGCAGAUGAGGUGGUCCCUGAUGGUGUUGAAGAGGUGGAGCUUGCAAGAAUCAAUCUUGAACAUAAAGAGAGAGAACGUAAUCUCCUUCUUUGUGACAUCAAGAUGUUGUCCAGUGAUGAUUCUUCUGGUCAUAAGAAUCUAGAAACAGAUGCUGAUAUAUGGAUCAUAGAUGGCAGGCGGUCCACUCUGAUUCAGAGAUUGAAAAAUGAAGUUGGUAAUGCAAAAAAAUUGAGAAAGGCUGCGUCUGCUUCACUAAGAGUGGCUUUGCAAAAAGCAGCUCAGCUAAGACUCAUGGAAAAGGAAAAGAACAAAACUCCUUCCUGUGCUAUGCGUAUCUCUAUGCAAAUUAACAAAGUGGUUUGGAGUCUGCUUGCAGAUGGAAAAACUUUUGCUGAAGCUGAGAUUAAUGACAUGAUAUAUGAUUUCGAUAGGGACUACAAUGAUUUUGGUGUUGCUCGGUUUACAACAAAGUAUUUUGUUGCAAGAAAUUGCUCGCAUAAUGCCAAGUUCGAUAUGAUCCUAUCUCCAUGGAAUCCUCCUCCUGAAUGGGGAAAAAAAGUAAUGCUACGGGUCGAUGCAAAGCAGGGAGCACCAAAAGAUGGGAACUGUCCUAUUGAGAAUUUCCAGGUGGACAUCUAUCCUUUAAAAAUACAUUUGACUGAAAACUUGUACCAUAUGAUAUGGGGUUAUUUCUUCCCUGAAGAAGAACAAGAUUCUCAAAGGCGACAAGAAGUGUGGAAAGUUUCAACUACUGCUGGUACAAAACGUAUGAAGAAAGGCUUAUCUAUGCAUGAAGGGUCUGCAUUAAGUAAUCCAUUAAAGGAAUUGGAGGUUUCUUCCAGGUCAAACCCUUCUGGUGGUAGCAGUCAAUCUUCUUGUCAGGCAGAUUCUUCCCAGGCCACAAAGGUAAUCCCUAGUACAAACUCAGGGAUGAGACGAACAUCCUCUUUUGAUAGAACAUGGGAAGAGAAUGUUGCAGAAUCAUUGCCCAAUGAACUAGCAAUACAGGUUCUUUCAACAAGCACGUGUUUGACAAGUGGAUCUACUGGUAUUGAACAUCAAGAUGAAGCCACUAGAAAUAGAUCAAAAGAUAUCAAAGCUAUUAAAUCAGGUCGUUCAUCCCAUGAAGAAAAGAAAUUAGGAAAACAACAAGAUGAUAAAAGGUCUAGACCUCGAAAGAUGCGGGAGUUUCACAAUAUCAAAAUAAGUCAGGUUGAACUAUUAGUCACAUAUGAAGGACCACCAUUGUCUUUUACCGAGCUAAGGUUGCUCAUGGAUACGUUUCACCGUGUCGAUUUUACUGGAACUUGGAGGCGGUUGUUCUCACGAGUCAAGAAGCACGUCAUUUGGGGAGUCCUAAAGUCGGUCACAGGAAUGCAGGGUAAGAAGUUCAAGGACAAAGCAACAAGCCAAAAGGACACAAGCGCAGCUGGUGUUCCAGAUAGUGAUCUUAUUCUCAGUGGUGACAGCGAUGGAGGUUCGGCAGAUAAAUCUGGUCAGUACCCAUUAUCUUUUUCUAAGCGUAUGGAUGAUGGAGCUGGGGAUGGAUUUGUCACAUCCAUAAAGGGCCUUUUCAAUUCCCAACGUCGAAGAGCCAAGGCAUUUGUUCUUCGUACCAUGAGGGGUGAGGCAGAGAAUGAUUUCAAUGGGGAUUGCAGCGAAAGUGAAAAUGAGCUCCCUCCUUUUGCGAGGCAACUAACUAUAACUAAGGCUAAGAAACUCCUUAGACGACACACAAAGAAGUUCCGUUCUAGGGGAUCAAAAGGUCUAAUUAAUCCCCAGCAACAGAUGGAAUCCCCAUCAUCACCAAGGGAGACUACACCAUUCGAAAGCGGCUCUUCUGGUGGAUCUUCUCCAUACGAAGAUUUUCGUGAGUAGAAGAAGAUGUUAACAUUAAAUGACCCGCUUAUUGGCAAAGUUUAAAUGGAGAUAUGAUCAUCCUCUUUUGUGUAUAAAUGGGAGCUGUCACAGCAAGUAAACUAAAAUCAAAGAAAUAAUCAUGAUUAGUUUUUUCCCUGUGUAACUAGCAGCAGCAGCAGCAGCAGCAUCCCUUUUUCAUUUCACUUGAGAAUUGUACUCUUUACCGGCGAUGAAAAUGAUGACGAUGAUCUGCAAUCUUAACUAUUAUGGUUUGUCAAAGAGUUUAUUAUAUAACAUGAUUUGGUCAGAUAUAUAUCUCCAUAGCCGGAAACAACAUCAGAACAGCAGAUAUUCUCUUAAUAUUUUCAUACAAAAAUAAAUUACUUAAUUUUUGUCUUCA